AUAAAUCUAUCUAUCGAUAAUUAUCUUGUGUUUUUAUACUAUCAUCCCUCACAUCUAGGUCUAUUUUAACAACUAGAUCUAAUUAUACUCCUAUUGAAUCAACAACUAAUUGAAAGGAGUAUUCACUCAUCCAGAUAAGGAAUCUCUUGCCGUUUAUUAAAGUUGCCCCUUGUCCCCCCACUCGAGAGUUUUUUGUUAUUUCUCUAGAAAAGAAGUAAAAUCUUUUUUGUGGCAAUCGUUCUAAGAAUCUUGAAAUUAGAGAUAUAUCUUCUUUACCCUUUGUUAAUUUUGUUAAAUUAAUAUACCCCUUAAAGUACAAAUCUUUUGAAGCAAACGAAAGAUGAGUUCUCCAAAAAGAAGAAUUGAAAAGGACGUUAUGGAUCUCAUGAUGAGUGACCACGAUGUGACUCUAAUUAACGACUCUAUCCAAGAGUUUUACGUCAUGUUCCAUGGUCCUUCUGACACUCCAUAUGUUGGAGGAACCUGGAAGAUUCGGGUCGAAUUACCAGACCAAUACCCUAUCAAAUCCCCAUCCAUUGGAUUUCUAAAUAAAAUAUACCAUCCUAACAUUGAUGAAAGCUCUGGAUCUGUUUGUCUUGAUGUUAUCAAUCAAACUUGGUCUCCUAUGUUUGGGUUGCUUAAUAUUUUUGAGAAUUUCUUGCCCCAUUUAUUACGGUAUGCCAACCCGAGCGACCCACUUAACACGGAUGCUUCUAACUUGAUGAACAAGGACGAAGCAAGAUAUCUCGAGACAGUGAAGAUGUAUGUGAAGAAAUAUGCCAAGGAUAUUACUAUUGAUGACAAUCCGGAGGACAACGGUUCGGAUGAUGAUGAUGACGAUGAUGAAUUGAGUGACGUUGGGAGUUUAUCAAGUGACGAUGACAUGGAUGUUCAUGGAGAGUUUGAGAUUUAAAGUUGAUUGGGGUCUAUCAUACAUAUGAAGAUGUUGCAUUUUGGGGAAGGCAUAUAUCAUUAGAUUGGAAUACAUAUAUAUAAGUAAUGAAACGUAAAC